UUUAAACAAAAACUCAAAAAUACACUAAAACACAAAUCCUAUAAUAACAAAAACCUUCGGUUACAUAAUCAAUAUAAACACCCAUACACGUUUCUCACUUUGUCUCUUGCUUACAUUUCUUUCCGGUGGUAUCCAUGGCUCCAACACCACCACCACCACAUGUUCUUAUCUUUCCAUUUCCAGCCCAAGGCCACGUCAACGCCAUGUUAAAGCUCACUGAGCUCCUUCUACCAGCCGGUCUCAACAUCACCUUCUUAAUCUCAGCCAAAGACCACCGCAGCCUCAGCGGUUACGCCAAUAUCCACACCCGCCUUAACUCGUUCCCGGGUUUCCAGUUUCACGUAAUCCAGGGCCUCUAUGAAGGCCCACUGGACAGUGCUGAGAAGCUCACUAUUAUGUUUGAUUGUAUGUCUGAAAAGACCACACUGUUGCUCAGAAAACUGAUUCUUGAUUCUCCGGUAACUACUUGUGUCAUCGCUGAUGGGAUUAUGGAUUUUGUACUUGAUGCUGUGGAGGGUACUGGAGUUCCGGUAUUUUCUUUUCGGACGAUUAGUGGUUGUGCUUUCUGGGCUUACUUUAGUAUCCCGGAUCUCAUAAACUCCGGUGAACUUCCUUUUCAAGGUACAAACAUGGACGAACUAAUAGUGAAUGUGAAAGGCAUGGAGGGAUUCCUUCGCAGGCGCGAUCUUCCCAGCUUUUGUCGUUCUGGAUUAAGCAACCGUACCCUCCAACAGGUUAGCAGUAUAUCACGCAGGGCUCUGGAUGCUCAUGCCAUAAUUCUUAACACCUUUGAUGAUCUUGAAGGGCGUAUUGUCUCACAUAUUCAAAAACAUUGCUCCAAUAUCUACACAAUUGGACCGCUCCAUGCUCAUCUAAAAUCCCGAUCCUUAAACAAAUCCAUAUCCUCAAAUAGCCUGUUCGAGGAAGAUAAGACUUGUAUAGGUUGGCUCGAUCAACAACCACCAAAGUCCGUGUUGUACGUGAGUUUUGGAAGCAUAGCCACAUUAACAAGGGACCAGCUUAUGGAGUUUUGGUAUGGUUUAGUCAAUAGCAAGAAACGGUUUUUGUGGGUCAUUCGAAAGGAUCUUGUUUCGAAAGAUGAUGAUAAGUUACCAAGUGAGCUAGAGAAUGGUACUAAAGAAAGAGGGUAUUUGGUUGGGUGGGCUCCACAAGAAGACGUGUUAGCCCACCCAGCUUUAGGUGCCUUUCUGACACAUAAUGGGUGGAAUUCGACUUUGGAGAGCAUCGUUGCUGGAAUACCAAUGGUGAGUUGGCCGUUUUUUGCUGAUCAACAAAUAAAUAGUAGAUUUGUCGAAGCCGUGUGGAAACUAGGAAUAGACAUGAAGGACACAUGUGAUCGAACUACAGUAGAAAGGAUUGUGAAUGAAGUAAUGGAGGUGAGGAAGGAUGAGUUUACGGAAUCCGCCAAACGUAUGGCAAAAUUAGCUAUGGAGUCUGUUAGCGAAGGCGGAACUUCUUAUAGUAACUUGGACAGGUUGAUCCAAGACAUUAAAACAAUGGGUGUUCAGCAUGAAGACGAAUAAGUGAAUGCCUUACGUCUAUAAAUGUAUUUUAUUUCAAACUAAUUAAUAUUUUCACCCGAAAUUCGAUCGAGACAUGUUUAGUAGUAUUGAAAUGGAAAUGAUAGUUUUUUUCUAGAGAA